UAUUGAUAGCAAUACGACUGUGAUGGCUCCAUCGACCCCGAAACACCUCGGCUCCGAUAUUCAACACACCUCGCGUGGGUGUGUUCACACAUGAUGUAUAUGCGAUUUUCUUUUUUGUACCAACGAGUGACAUAUAUCUUUUUUUCUUUUGAGCAUGAGUGAAAUAUACCCAUAUUUCAAAAAUAUUGUAGGGCCUUCAUGGGCCCUGGCCCUAACCCAGGGGAUGGGCCUGGGCCUGGGUCUUGCGCUUGAUUGACCUGGUCGACGGAACUGUGACCGACAAACGAGAGGAGGCCCAGGCGAGUAUAUAUAUCCGGCCCCCAUUCCCCAAAUCCCUUUCCAUCCUCCGCACCGUACGACCGCAACAACCUCCCCUUUUUCCGCCGGCGAGCGACCGAUCCGGCGGACGGACCAUGGCCGCGCUCGUCGGCGACGUCGCCUACUGGCUGGCGGAGCACCCGGACAUCGUCGGCUUCCGCUGGAGCCCCUCGGGCCUCUGGUUCUCCACCUGGGCCUUCCUCCUCGGCUUCCUCGCCACCUACGUGUCCCUCUGCCUCGCCGCCGACGCGCUCCUCCGCCGCCGGAAGCCGCUCCCUCUCGGGCCGCUCCCCCCCGCGCACGCGCUCCUCAUGGCCGCCGUCUCCGCCACCAUCUUCGCCGGCACGCUGCUGUCGGCGGUGGCGGAGAUUCGGGACACGCGCUGGUCGUGGCGGGGCCGGAGCCGGACGACCCCCUUCCGGUGGCUCCUCUGCUUCCCGCCGGGGACCCGCUCGUCGGGCCGCGUCUUCUUCUGGUCCUACGCCUACUACCUCUCCCGGUACCUCCACGCGGCGCGGGGCGUGUUCGCGGUGCUCAGGCGCCGGCGCGGGGCGGCCGCCCGGGUGUUCGCGCACGCCGCGUCCGUGGCCAUGGCCUUCCUCUGGCUCGAGUUCUCGCAGUCGUUCCAGGUGCUGGCCAUCCUCGCCUCCACGCUCGCGCACGCCGUCGCCUUCGGGUUCCGCUUCUGGGUGGACAGCGCGGGGCUCCCGGCGGCGCGCGCCGCCCGGAGCGGGUCGGCGCCCGUGGCGCUGGGGUGCCAGCUCGGGCUGCUGGGGUGCAACCUGGUGUGCCACGCGGGGGUGGUGUGGAUGCACUUCGGGGGCGCGAUGGCCGGCGGGUGCAGCGGCAUCGGGGCCUGGGUGGUCAACACGCUGCUCAACGCGGCGCUGCUCUGGGUGUUCCUCCACUGCUACGGCACCCGCGGCGUCUGCGACGACGACGGGGGCGCCGCCGCCGGCACGGCGAAGAAGAAGAAGAAGAAGAGGGAGAUGUGAGAGCGGCGUGAGGUGAUCCCCAACCAACCAUUGUAAUAUACAGUACUGCUGUAGUACAACCCAUUGAUGUACAUAUAGGUAGGCCGGCAUUGGCAUUCGGCAUCCGGCAUCUGGCAUCUGGCAUCCCAAAUGAGAUGAGAUGAGAUGAUGAGGAGGUGGCUGCUGCUGCUAUAAACCAAAGCAAAAAACAAAAACAAAAACAAAAAUUCAAUUCUAAUUUAUAGAGAUCCGCAUAUACAUACAUACAUACAUACAUACAUAUAUUUGCGCGCGGGGGUCGACGAUUGGAUCGAACCCCUGCUGCUGAUUAACUUGCUAUA